AUGUUUGGGACGACUCCACCCCUCCAUCCUUCUGCUUUACAGUCCAUUGCGGGACAAUACGGUACGGGUAUGGGCUACGAACAGCCUAUACAUCAAGCUCAGCCUACUCCCUACGGCGGCAUCGGUUUCGGUCUGAGUAGCGGUUGUGGCGGUAGUGGUGGUAACAAUAUGAUGGCUUCCGGUGCGGGUAGUGGACAAGCCUUCCCUCGUAUGCGGAAUAUGGGCAUUGGGAUGGCAGGUACAGCCGGUCAGGGAAUGACAGGGAUGGGAAUGAGUGGUAUGGGUAUGGGUAUGGGUAUGGGAAUGGGAACAGGCGGCUCGCUUAAUGGGUUGGUUUAG